UAGAUACGUUCUUGAUAGAGGCAUCCAAAAUUGAUUUGGAUAGUGUAAAUCAACUUGCUGAAGGCAAAAUUCUAUUAGAAAAUAAUGAAAUUGAGGAAAUAGUUGCUAACUUACCAGAUGUAAGUUUAUAUGCGCCAGAGACAGCUCAAGCCAUAACAACGUAUCUACAAAUAAUUGACGAAUCUGUUGCUACAGAAGAAAUACUUAAUGAUGAUGAGAUAAUAUCUAUGCUUCAAGCUGAUGAAAAUGAAGAAUCAACUAGGCAAGAAAUUGAUAAAAAUGAAGUACCUAAUUCAUCUGUAACAGCUGCUGAAUCAAAUAUUUUUCUCAAAGAACUAGGAUUUUUAAGAAAUCUGCUUAAAGAAUAUAAACAAUACAUACCCCAAGAUCUAUAUUUCCAAGAUUCGUCAUAUUCACAAGACUCCUAUUCUCAAGAUCCAUAUUCUCAAGGUCCUCAUUUCCAAGAUUUAGAUUUACAAAAAUCAGAUUCUCAAGAAUUAGAUUCUCAAGAAUC